AUGCGCGCGAGUUGGGUGUUCAGCGCGCCGGGGAGGUCGACGACGCGCGCGGACGCGUCGAGCGAUCCACUGCGCGCGUCGAUCGCCGAGGCGUCGUCGUCGUAUGGGAUGGAUGACGUCGACGACGUCGAGCUCGGUGGGGCGCGAACGGAACGACGGGGACGGGGAUGGCGGUCGGCGCUCGGGCUCGCGUGCGUGGUGGGUGUUGCGGCGCUCGCGGGCGCGCGUUCGACGAGAUCGAGCGGUGUCGAUCGCUCGAACGCGAUGACGUUGGCGGCGUUGGGGGUGCAGCCCGACGCGCGAGGGACGCCGCCGCCGGAGACGACGUUUUUGCGCAAGGCGCGACGGGCGUUCGGCGCGGCGUUGAUGCGCGCGAGUUAUCAUCAGAGCGCGAACGCGGCGCCGGAGCGCACGUUGGCGCAGGCGGAGGCGGAGGCGGACCAAGAGGCGAUGCGUGAGAUCGAGGAUAAGGAGUUCGAGGACGACGCGGACGGUGCGGAAUCGACGGAGACGACGGAGGCGGUGACGCCGGCGCCGACGCCCGCGACGCCGAAGAGAGCCGACCCGGGGGGACGCGCCGCGAAGCGGCGACCGGCGGCUUCGAUGGGUUCCGGAUUCUUAUCUACGCGAGCGAAGCGUCAGCAUGAACGCGAACGCGAACGACGCGAGGAGCGAGAGAAGAUCGAGCGAAAGCGGGUGGAGGAAGAGGCAACGGAGGACGACCGCUACGAAGCCGUGCCAACCAAGGAGAGCCAGGCCGAGGCGCAGAAAUAUUUCAAGUCCAUCAACGGUGGAUACUUCGGCGUGGACGUGAAGAAAGAGACGGAAGAGGGUGAAGCGCCGAGCGAUAUCUCGAACCUUCACAACAAGCCCGGGGCGAUUCCUGGUUUGAUUGAUCACCUCAGAGCGAACGGCGCCCAGGUGGGUCAGAUGCGCGCGGUGACGUACACGAAUUCCGCGUACUGGCCCGUGGCCAAACUCUUCAUAGAGUCCGCGAAGAAGCUCCCGGGCUUCUCGAGCGCGCUUACUGUGAUGGUGACCGAUCGUGACACGCUCAAAGAGUGCGUUUCCAUGGGCGUGAUGUGCUUUUUGGACCAAGAGAUGAUUGAAAUAUUGGGCGAGCACAUGAAUAGCGAUGGGAGCAUCCACGCGGGACGGAAAGAGAUGAGUGGAGACUUAGGCAAGGCGCUGCGGAUUGUGUGGACGUGGCGCAAGGUUCACGUCGUGCACACGCUCGUUUCAGCGGGAUACGGGUGCUUGUUCGUCGACGCGUCGACGGUCUUAUUGCGAGAUCCGCGUCUGUUGAUCAAGGAGAAGCUCGAUGCGGGCGCGCUCUUGGUGACGCUCUCGGACUUCGGUGGGGUCCUGGAGCAGAAGGCGAUCAACACCGGAUUGAUCGCCGCUCGUCCGAACGAGUACAUUGGUAAACUGCUGGAGGACUGGAUGCAGCUUGAACCCACGGCAACUGACACCGAGCAGGCGUCACUGACGUGGAACAUCGCGCCCAACGCGCGAGCCGACGGUGUCAUCAUCACGGCUCUCUCGCAGAGCGUCGCGCCUUCGUACCUCACGUUCGAUCUCGAGCGGCACGUGACGAAAGAGGACACGGGCAAGGGGCCGCAGCACAAGGGCUACCUCGUCCACGCCGCGUAUUGCGGUUCCAUUUCGGGCAAGGUCGCGUUCCUAAAGCGCGUGUCCCACCUAGCGAGUCAUCCGCUCAGUCCCAUGAUCGCGUCCAAGGAAGAAAACGAAGGGUGCGAUGUGUACGACAGGCAUAAGUUCUUCACGUGUGGACUCGCGCCUUGGGAUGGAGAGUGCGAAUAG